AGAGGAAGAAUCUGCAUUUUUUAAGGAUAAUGUCAUUAUGAAUUUUAUUUAUUAAACUAAAUUGAUUUUUUAAUUUUAGCUUUAUUGUGAUAAUAAAAGGGUUUAUAAUUCCUUUUUCUUCUUCUGUGAUGCUUUAAACCCUUUGGAUUUGACUAAAUAUUCUUAGUUUUUAAAAAUGCCGAAAAAGUUUGGAACGAAUAGUAAAUCAGCAGAAGCUCGUGAGCGUCGUGAAGCUGUAAAAGUAGCUGAAAAAGAACGUAAAGAAAGAGAAGCUGAAGAUGCUUUAUGGAAAGAUGAUGAUAAACACGUCUUGCGCAAGCAGCAGCGAAAGGAUGAGCGUGAAAAGAAAAAACAAGAAACGUUGGAUAAGAAAUUGGCUAGUAAAUUGGCAUAUGAAGAAGAAAUGAAUUCUAUAAAAUCUGCUAAGCCUGUAGCGCCAACUAAAGUCACUCGAGCAGAUAUAGCAAAAAUUGCUCAGAAACCGCCUGACCUUUCAUCAUAA